UUUUGUGCAAAGUUUACAAUCAUGAUUAUGAGUAGAAUCUCAAGUUACUUUCCCUCAAACGCUCUUAGAUAUCUAAAAUAUUUUGGUGGAAUUAUCAUACUAUAUUUAUUAGUCUCUUUUUAUUUCUGGAAAGGGUUUAUGGAAGCACAUUUAAAAAGGUUAGAGAUAAAAUACAGCAGCAAUUUAGAUGUUUUUGAUAACAGCAGCCGCCAUGAAAAAACAAGCGAUAAUAAACCAGUUGUGUCAUUGAAUAACAUCAGUAGUUGUUCCAUGGACGAUUCUUUAAUAGCUUUCGGUAAGAAAUUGAAUCCAAUAUUCAAUGGAGAUUAUUUAUUGAAUAAUAAGAGUAUUUGCUGUGGAUCUUCUCCCAUUACCGCCAUAGUUGUUGUUCACACUGAUCCCAACCAUUUUGUUCGAAGAAACAACAUUCGGACAACCUACGGUUCCAGGGAAUUGUUUUUACCAAUCGAGAUCCGUGUGAUAUUUCUUUUGGGACGAGUGAAAACUUUGCAAUUGCAGAAUGACAUUUUAAGGGAAAAUUCACAAUAUGGUGACAUAAUUCAAGGAGAUUUUAUAGAUGCCUACCAUAAUUUAACAUUUAAAGCAGUUAUGGGUUUACAUUGGGUUUCACAUUUUUGUUCCAAAGUGAAAUAUGUCGUAAAAACUGAUGAUGACGCCAUUUUUGACAUGUGGAGGUUUCUGAAAUUGGUUCACGCCAAUAAUCUGUAUGUGUCCGAAACCAUAUACGGCAUUAUUAAUUCUAAUGGUGUAAUCUUUCGCGGGGGCAAGUGGGCAGUGGAUGCAACUUUUCUUAAAGGCCAAGAGUAUUAUCCAUUCAAGUUUUGUAUCGGGUUUGUGCUUGUAUAUAGCAGUGACGUCAUUCCGGCCUUAUAUCGUGCAUCCUACGUAGUACCGUUUUUGUGGCUUGACGAUGUGUACGUGACUGGGAUGUUGCGCACUGCCGCGAAUAUUACGAAAAUCAUACAAAAUGAAGGAAAUUUAAAAUUAGUUCCAGAAUCAAAGAUUGGCUUACCGUGUCUGCAAUUGAACGGUGACAAAUGCCCUUAUUUGGCUGUUGGCGUACGUGAAAGUACUUAUCGUCAAUCUUGGAUGUUGAUUAAAAAGCGCAACCAAAAAUAGUUGAAGACACGAUUUCGAUAUUACUUUGUUUUUGAAAGGUUCAAAACUGUUCAGAUGGGUAUGUACACUGUAAAAAAUAUCCAUUCUUUAUGUGGCCGAAUUAGUAGUUUAACACCUUUUUUCUGUUAAUCGAUGGUAUUCUUGGAGAAAUUGUGUUAAUAGUGUGAAUUGUUUCUUCAAAUUACGUGUUUUAUGUAUUUCUAUGGAAUAUUCAGUAUUAAACGGGGAAUUUCCGUGAAAUUUAGGGAUAAAAUGUUUUAUUCCCUUCUAUAAUGGACUUAAUUCUGUUAUUUUACGGAAUAAACGGUGGAAUGACCAGGAAGUUCCGUGAAGUUUAGGGAUAAAAUGUUUUAUUCCGUUCUGUAAUGGACUUAAUUCUGUUAUUUUACGGGAUAAACGGUGCAACGAUAAGUAAUCGUAUACAUAUAUAAUCAUUCCUAAUAAUUAUCAUUUUACAGUAUUCAUUUCAAUUUAUUAACCAUAAUAUGAAGAAUAAUAUUUUGUAGCGUUUGGUAUAUUAAUUGUCAUGUAUAUCUAAUUUCCAUUAUUUAUAAGAUCUAUAAAGUGUAUUGUUAUUCA